AAUCGCGCUGUCUGGCGCAUGCGCACCUGGCACGGCCAUGAGGGUGCUGGUGGGUGGUGGGACUGGCUUUGUGGGCAGAGCCCUGACUCAGUUGCUGCGGAGCCGUGGGCAUGAAGUGACCCACGUCUCACGACAAGGGGGCAAGGGUCGGAUCAGCUGGGAAGAGUUGUCCUAUUCAGGAUUGCCCCUGUGUGAUGCUGUGGUGAACUUAGCUGGUGAAAAUGUCCUCAACCCUUUCCGCAGAUGGAAUGAUGCCUUCUGCAGGGAAGUCAUCAGCAGCCGGGUUGAGACCACCAGGACCUUGGCGAAAGCCAUUGCUGAUGCUGAACAGCCACCUCGUGCUUGGGUCCUUGUCACCGGCGUAGGCUAUUAUCGCCCUAGUCCCACAGCUGAGUAUACUGAGGACAGCCCUGGGGGGGAUUUUGACUUCUUCUCAUGCCUGGUGAGCUCCUGGGAGGCUGCAGCUGUCAUUCCUGGGAGCCCAACUCGUGGUGUUGUGGUGAGAUCUGGGGUAGUGCUGGGCCAAGGUGGUGGUGCAAUCUCUCAAAUGCUCUGGCCUUUCUGGCUGGGACUAGGAGGCCCCUUGGGCUCUGGGCUCCAGCCUUUCCCAUGGAUCCACGUUCAGGACCUGGCUGGGAUCGUGUGUCAUGCCUUGGAGAGUGAGUGUCUGCAAGGUGUCCUCAACGGUGUCUCCCCAUCUUCCUCUGCCACCUCCAAUGGCACCUUUGCUCAGGAGCUUGCUGCAGCCCUGGGGCGCCCAGCACUGCUGCCAGUGCCUGCUUGGGCUGUGCGGGCUGUCUUUGGGGCAGAGCGGGCUGUGAUGCUGUUGGAGGGCCCGCGGGUAGUGCCAAAGCGCACCCUGGAGAGCGGCUACCAUUUCAUCUUCCCUGACCUGACUGGAGCUCUGAAGGACAUUGUGGCUUGAGGAUCCCUCAGUUGGGCUGGGUUGGGUCUUGUUUUUGUGAGCUCCCUGGCUCACAUGCCUGCCCCUGGGUCAAAGAGCGUAGCCCUGCCACUUCUUGACACUUCCCCAUCCCCAUACAGAGAGGGUGAGCCUUCUGUCUCUAUUUGUGCAUCCCCAGUUUAGGAGUCAUCCCUCUUAUUGCCAGUUGCAAUCUCCACAUCACCUGCAUUUGAGGAAGGGCACAAGCCCCUCUAAGGAUUCUGACUGCUGAAUCUGCCAUCUUCUCUUUUCCACAGUGUGCAUGUGAGCUGCUUGCAGAGCAGCUGAAAGGUAUAAUGUCUCUUGCCCUGAGAGACAGAGGUGGCAGCAGGAAAGAGGUGUUCAAGUGUUGCCAUUCUCCAUGUUACUGCAAGUCCCUCUUCCUGUUUUUUCCCAUGUCUUUUCCCCAUGGUCAUGUAGAGACCUAGUUAUGCUCUUCUGCUUUGCUUUUCUCAGUCUUAAAGGGAAUGGAGUUGUGGUUGUGUGAUCCAUCUGUUGAUCCAUUUGAGCGAAGAUCCUAAUGUUGCUGGAUAUGGAUGUCUUGGAGACCUUGCCAUCUCCUUUCUUGUGGUUGCUCUGUGCUGGUAUCAAGUUGCUGUGUCAGAACUUCCAGCUGAGUUUAGGCCUAAGAGUCGCACCCCUCCAGGGUUGCAUAACCCUGAUGCUGUGAUGGGGAUGAAGGAGGGCACUGCUUUGCUAGCCUGUAGGGACAAGGAUGGCAUGGGACUGUUGCCCCUGGACUGCUCUUGAGGCCUUGCAUAAGUGUCCACUACAUCUGAGCUCAUGCUGGUGAGAAACUGGGUGGUUCAUCUUGGUGUGAGAUAGUGCAAGGCACUGCUUUAGUUUACAGGGAACACUUCAGCCACUGCCUUCGUUGUAGUUAUACCAGAUUGGGUUGUUUUCCCUUAUUCAUCCCAUGAGGUGGUACUUGUGUUCAAGGACUUCCCACUGAUUGGGCAGUGAGAAUAUCCAGGCUGCUUGGGCUGCCUCAGGAAGCUGCACCUCUUCUCUUUUGGAGAACAUUGCAAGUUCAUCAUCUCAUGAAAUAUGUUCACAUGCUUCCUUUAACCCAUUUUCAUAUGCCUAAGGGGGUUGCUGGAUGUGAAGUCUACAGAGCAGUUAAGUUCGUUAUAGCACUGCUUCUGGAGAAAUAUCCCUAGUGUGGAGUAAUUUGGGACUAGAAAAAUGUAUUAAAAAGCACUUCAGGCAGUUAAAAAGACCUAUUCUACUCCUGAAAUAAGAAACCAUCCAGAACAAGAGCUGUCCACAUAUUUCUGAUUUAUGCCAGGUUAAUGUAGUCGCAGUAGCUGAAGGGGCAAUCUUGGUGGAGUCUAGACUCCCCAGUCAUCUGCCUGUUUGCUCAGUCCAAGCUGGGGACAGAAUGGCAAUCUGCUGACUUGCCAGGCAGAAAAAUUAGAGUGGGACUGUCCUGGAAUUGGAGGUAGUCCUUGCAGUCAGUGUGAGUGUAGUCAGUGUGAGCACAGCCAGGUGAGCUGGGACUUUGGGAAUAGCUAUGAAACUAACAUUGCCUGAGAUACUCCCUGUGCUUGUGUCUGUGCUUCCUGUGAGUUAGGUCACCGUCCCAUGUGCCUCAAUUUCCUGUCCUCGAGAGUGGGCUGACCUACUCUGAGUUACAGGCCCAGUUCAUUGUGGGGACAGUCAGCAGUGCUUCAUCUUCAGUUACUCCAGCUACCUUUUUAGAGUCCUGUGCUUCAGUCUGCUUCCCCAGAUGUGGGCUACAGCAUCCUUCUGUCAGGCAAGCUGGUUAGCCAGCCCAAUUAGGUUGUUUCUGUACAUGUAUGUACCUUGAUGAUUGCAGCAGCUUUGGGUUGUGAUUGGAAAUAAAGACAAGUAUGGCUGGAGAAGCACUGGCAACCUGCAGCUCUUCUAAAAGAUGGUUGCAUAUCCCAUGAAAGACCACUACUAAGCAGAGUUCCCAGGCCUCACACUCCCUGCCUGGUUGGGUAACUCACUCAGGAUCUUGAUGGGUUGUCUCUGCAUGACGUUUGGCUUAAACACAUGACACUUAAAUGAGCUGCUGACACUGAAUCCCAGUAUGGGAGCUGAAAACACUGGCUGCUGGGUGCAAUUAGGACUUUCCGUCAUGAUAAAUUCACACACACACCAUGCCCCUUUGUCUACUGUGCUGCCAGAAAACAUCUGUAUUAGGCUGACAGCAAGCUGAGAUCUAGAUUGGACCACUGUCUCUUUUUGACGACCGUAAACAAACCCUGGCCCCCAGGCUGCAAGACUUUGUGAUUUUAAGUAUAGGUCUUGUGCUGUCCCGAUGCAGGCAUAGCCAGGUCUGUAGAGCUCAGUGACAGCAGAGUGUUUCUGCAAGCAUGUCUGAGCCGACUGCAGUACUUCAGCUGUGCUUUGAAGAUUUACUCUGACUUGGGGCAAAUUUCUCUGUUCUUUUAGAGGUGAAUGCUUAUAAUUGUUAAGACAUGUCAAGAGUGGCUGCUGCCUUCAGCAGCCCCAGCCCAGGAUCCUCCUGCCUGGCCGCUGUCCGCCCAGCCUGGUGCCCAGGUGCCAGCUGAGGAACACAGCUGCUUCUUUCCUGUUGGCAGGUUCAAUGAACCCUGAAGCUGAGCACCUAUCAGAGGCACGUGCACACACACGGGGAAAUGACACACAGGCAGAUGGCACUGACAUGGCUGGUCACACAGAUGGCCCCAGCUGAGACGCUUCUGUCAGCAGCACCCGCACAGGACCCAUGUAACACAAGUGUAGCCAGCCAUGUCCCUUCCCACUCGGGCUGGCAGACGCACAUGACACCCCCAGGGUUCACAAGCACAUCCACACUCAUGAGUCCCUCAAGCACUGGCAAAACCCUUCUCUCCACCCAGCACCCUUACCUAGGCUCUAGACCCACCCCACAGGUCCCCUGCUUGCCGGCUGGUCCAGCUUAAUCCACCAAACACGCAGCACUCGCGCACUCAUCGCAACGGCACCCCACACUCAUGGGUACCCCCAGGUACCAGCAUGGACUUUCUGCCCACCCGAUGCCACUGCCUGGACCCAAGACCUCCUACCUGACAGCUGGUCCAGCUUGAAGUUUGCUGGUGGAUACACGGACACACCUGGUUUGUGGGAGAUACGGACGCCUCCCCUGGCAUCCAGCACCAGGCACCCAAGCUGUGAGCUGCUGUCCUACUCCAGCUGCUGGUGUGGAGCCCCUCGCUCCCCCCCACUUUCUGGUCUCCCCUGUAACUGGUUUUGUGGACACACAGAGUUACCCCCAGAGCGGCUGUAGGGUGGGCCUGCACUGUCUCCAGUAGCUGACCCCACAGGCCAGGGGUGCCGGCUCCCCCACUCUGACUUCAGUAGCUGGCACCAAAUCCACUCGCACUGGUCCCCCACUAGCUGGCACUUAGUCCCUGCAGCACACAUACAUGGGGUAGAGUGAGAUUAUGCAGAGAGAGUUAUGAAAAAGGUUUAAUAAGACAGGACAGGCUGUGGUGGGCAAGUGUAGAGCUCAGUCAGACUAGCACUGACUGGCCUGGGUUCACACCUGACCAGCCUCUGUUACACCCCUUUUCUGUUUACCGCCCUCUUUGUUGCUUCCAGCUCCCCCUCCCCUGCACAUCCCCUCAACAGCUGGCACAGUCCCAUUGGCUCUAUCCAACAUCCUGGAACUUGCAGGUUUGCAUCCUUACCAAUUGCAAUGUUCUGGUUGCCCAUAGCUUCUUGAGAGCUCAUCAAUUAGUGUGACUGGCAACGUUUGUUUCAGGUUAUUGUCUUUGUUAAUGUUGAUUGGUCAGGUUUUAUGACUCUGUGUCUCCCUCCUCUUGCUUAUCUUGCCAACUGUAAAAAUAAAUGUUCUCAGAUUCGCUCCACACAUCCUACCAA